AUGGCUGCACAACCGCUGGACGUGGCGCUGGACCUGCUGCGGCGCUUGCCGCCGUCGAACAUUGUCUCGAACCUGUCGACACUUGUCUCGCUCUUUCCGCACCUCGCCGAUGAUCUGUACUCGUCGGUGGACCAGCCGCUGCAAGUUCGUGUCGACAGCUCGCCCGAGGGUAAGGGGCGCGAGUACCUGAUCUGCGACUACAACCGGGAUGGGGACAGCUGGCGCAGUCACUGGAGUAACCUGUACGACCCACCGCUCAAGGGUGGCGAAGAGGGCGCCACGCCGAGCAAGGAGCUGAGGCAGAUGGAGGUCAAGGCGAACGAGGCAUUCGACACAUACCGACAGUUAUACUUUGAAGGCGGUCUCUCGUCGGUCUACCUGUGGGACCUCGACGUAGGGUUCGCGGGCGUGGUGCUGAUCAAGAGGGAAUUUUCCGGUGCAUCCAGCGCCUCGUGGAGCGCGAUUCACAUUGUUGAGGUCGUGCCCGACUCGGCUAGCAGCAAGACAUUUUCGUAUAAGCUCACAUCGACGGUCAUGUUGCGCCUCGAGCGCAGCGCUGGCAGCGCCGAAAGCAAGCUCGGCAGCAUUGACCUUGGCGGCAGCCUGACGAGGCAGGCAGAGCAGAACAGCCAGGCGGCCGACGCCGACGCGCAUAUUGUCAACAUUGGCAAGAUGGUGGAGUCGCUCGAGAGCUCGAUACGGAACAACAUUCAGGAAAUCUACUUUGGCAAGACACGCGACAUUGUCGGCAUGCUCCGCAGCAUCGACAACCUCGAGGAGGCGCGCAAGGCGGACAAUCUGCGGCGAGAACUGAUGGCAAAGAUGCGGCGGCCAUGA